UUGCGUUUAUGUAAGUCUGAUAUCAGCUGAAUAUUAAUUACGCACAUAAAAUAAUAAAACACGCUUAUAUAACUGAUACAUAUAUUUUAAAAGUUUUAGUACGCUUGAACCUAGAUUUAGAUCUAGAAGUUAAGCUCAAAUAAAUAUCAUUCCACACAAUCUACAGUACAGACUUAAAGCGAACAAGCUGCACUAAGGACUUAUAAUUUAUUAACUUGAACCAGCCAUCAGGCUUAAGGAUAUUAAAUAUUAAAGAUUGAAGAUGACGUGGAUUUUAGAUGAAAACAACCUGGCAAUAUGUGCUAUUGUAACAGUUGCAAUGCAGUUCAUCUUCUUCCUCAUAGCUUGUACAUGCAAGUUUGAUAAAGUUACAGAUUUUGCUGGUGGUACAAAUUUUGUGUUGUGUUGGCUGUGAUGACAUUUUUAAUUGCAUGGAGUUUUAGCACCAGGCAAAUCAUCGUCACCACUUUCAUUAUUUGUUGGGGCUUGCGUCUUUCUGGAUACCUACUUUACAGGAUAAUCAAGAUAGGGGAGGACAACCGGUUUGAUGACAAGAGAGAUAACUGCUUAAAGUUUGCAGGGUUUUGGGUUUUCCAGGCCAUUUGGGUGUUUGUUGUCAGUCUACCUGUAAUUUUUGUGAAUGCUCCAGCCAUCGCAAGCAGAUUUGAUUACGUCACACCGCAAGAUAUCGUUGGGUUUAUUUUGUUCGGCCUUGGUCUCGUGGUUGAAACGUUUGCAGAUAUUCAAAAAUUUAACUUCAGGAACAAUCCCGACAACAGGGGAAAAUGGUGUGAUACUGGUUUAUGGCGUUUUUCUCGACAUCCUAAUUAUUUUGGUGAAAUAACAGUAUGGAUAGGUAUCUUUCUAAUAAGUACCAGCAUCCUUCAGUAUGGGCAAUGGACAGCUAUUUUAAGUCCACUGUUUACAAUGGCAAUAUUGCUAUUUUUAAGUGGCAUACCAUUACUUGAGCAGAAAUCUGAUGAACGCUACAGAAAGAACGAACAGUACCUACGAUACAAGAGAAGGACCAGUCCCUUGCUAUUGCUUCCCCCUCCUUUCUACAAUGUCCUUCCAAGACUUAUCAAAUCCAUUUUUUGCUGUGAGUUCCCGUUGUAUAACCAUCUGGAUGAAGAAAAUGAAAGUAUAAAGUCCAGCCCUCAUCAUCAGCAACCAAUCACACAACAGCCAUGAGAUUAAGUUAAGUGUGUGUAGGAAGAAAAGGUUGUACCUUGUAAAUCUUAAUCCUGUAAUUUGUUCAUUGGCUUUAGCUUUGUAUGUAGAUGUUAUCACAUUAAAUCUGUGAAACUAAAUAUGUAAGCCUACAGUUUAAGGUUGUUUAAAUAUUUUUAAACAGGGACAUCACUAGAUCAGGUGUCACCUGGUGCGCAACUUGGUGUGUAACUAAGGGUGUCUCCCCCCACCCCCUCCAACAAUUUUACAUUUUCUGUUUGAUGUCAUCCCCCUGUCCUUGCUAUUUUGUCAUCUUGAUGGGAUAAAACAUUGUACUGUUGAUAGUAAAUUUCACAAAUUUUCAUCCUCUUGUUACCCCCUAGGUGGAGUCACCCAGUCCUGACAGCACCACUCCGCCUUGUGUCACCACUGAUGUUAAAUAUCCCUGUGCACCAUGACUGUGUUUUAUAAAAUUUAUCUUAUAUAGGUCUCUCCUGGGGUGCGCUUGUACCAUCCUAUUAAUAAUUUCAUUUUUAUCUCAUUUAAAGAUAGCCUACUUGGUUCUGACCAUGAAUUUAAAGGUCUGCAAAAUCCUCAGAGGUCUAGUUUUUCCAUUGUUUUUUAUUUUUAUUUUUUAUUUUUUUGCAGAUUUUUUUUACUUAAAUUUUAGCAGGACAAAAAAGUAUUUUUCCAAUACCAUACUUUUUUUUUUAAUUUAGUAGAGGAAGUUAUCAAGCUUGGUUACCCCUCUCUUCCCCCCCCCCUUCCAACACCCAUUAGGUGCUUAAGUCAACCCCCCUCCCUUCUUUUUUGCAUUGAAUUUAUGUUUCCCCUUAUAUAGGAAAAACCAGAAUAUAGUUAUAUAAUAAUUAAUAUAACAGCUGUUGUGUUCCAAUGCUUAUUAGAUUAAGUUAGCCGAAAACAGAGCUAAUUACACUUCUGGAUGUUUUAAAUUAAUUGGAUGCUACUUUUAGUGUAUCUGGAUAGGUGUUAGGUUUUAGACAACAUCAGGGCAGCUAAAUUGUGCAAGUUGUCUAGUCAUUGUGUGGGUUUAUUAAUUAUAGUCAAAGUAAUAAUAAUAAAUUUAACCCAUUGUAGCUUUUUAGAUACAAAUCACAGAUUUAGACUAAAUAUCUAUUUAACUAUAAUAUUGUUGUACGUUUCCAAACCUAUUUAUGUACCACUUUUGUCGACUAGUGUAAUGAUAAAUAAUAUCCAAAUAAAUGAAAAAUAAAUUGUAUGUGAUCAUUGAUGAAUAGCAGCAUAAAAUAUAUGUAUGUAGACUUUUUUGUGCCAUUUAUUUAUUGUAUUCUUUUUCAUUGUGCUAUCUCUGAAAUUGCCAUGUGUUAAUUAAAUUACUGCAUAUUUUUAAGGAUAUAAAAAAAUUUACUGUCAUUUUUUAUUUACUUCUGUCAUGUGUUCUUAUGACAAUCAUGUAUUGUACCUUGUACAAAUAUUCCUUAAAUUAUGCAAUUUUUAUACUUUAAUUCGGAUGAUUUUUUGAAAGAAAAAAUACUUUGUAAAUAGGUUUUUCUGAUCAAUUUUAUUUUUAUAUAUUUUAUAUAUAUAUAUAUACACACAAUUUAUAGAGGAAUAAUAAAACAAUUUUAACCC